CUCCAAUAUUCAGAAAAGCCCCUCUCUUUCUAAACUCUCACCACUUUUUCUUUCUUCUUUUUCCUCAAAAUUUCCAUAGCCAUGGACUCUUCACUUCACCAACUCCUAACCACCAUCUUCCUCUCCGCCCUCCCUCUCCUCCUCUUCAUUCUUUUCGUCUCCCGGUCGCGUCGAAAGCUCCUGUACCCGCCGGGCCCGCCGGGCUUUCCCGUGAUCGGAAACAUGUUGAUGAUGAACGAGUUGACUCACCGUGGCCUAGCCCGGCUCGCAAACAAGUACGGCGGGCUCUUCCACAUGAAAAUGGGUGGGCUACAUAUGGUGGCCGUCUCGACGCCGGAUAUGGCCCGUGAAGUGCUCCAGGCCCAGGACGGGGUUUUCUCAAACCGGCCGGCGACGGACGCCAUCAGUUACUUGACCUACGAUCGAGCUGAUAUGGCGUUUGCCCAUUAUGGACCGUUUUGGCGUCAAAUGCGAAAGAUUUGUGUUAUGAAGGUAUUCAGCCGAAAACGAGCCGAGUCAUGGGCUUCGGUGCGCGAAGAAGUCGACUCACUGAUCCAAAACAUGGCCACCAAAGCUGGAUCGCCGGUUAACAUCGGCGAGUCGGUCUUUGCCUUGACGAGAAACAUAACAUACAGAGCCGCGUUUGGAUCCAUAUCGCACCAAGGCCAAGACGAGUUUGUCAAAAUCCUUCAAGAGUUUUCGAAGCUCUUCGGAGCUUUCAACAUCGCCGAUUUCUUCCCGUCUCUCGGUUGGAUUUACGGGAGGGAAUUCAGCAAGCGGCUCGAAAAGGCUCGCCUGUCGCUGGAUGAGUUUAUCGAUCGGGUUAUCGAUGAUCAUAUGGAGAAGAAGAUGAGAGACCGGGAGGGGUGCGAUGAGGGGGAAGCAGUGGAUACGGAUAUGGUGGACGAGUUGAUGGCGUUUUAUGGUGAUGAUGGAAGCAAAGGGAAUGGGGAUGAGUUGAAGAUCACUAGAGAUAACAUCAAAGCUCUCAUUAUGGACGUGAUGUUUGGCGGCACCGAAACCGUAGCGUCGGCUAUCGAGUGGGCAAUGGCGGAGCUACUAAAGAGCCAAGACGACUUAAAAAGGGUCCAAGAAGAACUCACCGCGGUCAUUGGGUUAGACCGAAAAGUCAACGAUUCCGACCUCGAAAACCUCCCCUUCUUCAAAUGCGUCGUCAAAGAAAUCCUCCGCCUCCACCCUCCCAUCCCCCUCCUCCUCCACGAGGCCGCCGCGGACACCAGCAUAGCCGGUUUCCAAAUCCCAGCUAAGUCACGUGUCAUGAUCAACGCAUGGGCCAUAGGCCGCGACGCAGGCGCAUGGGAAGACCCGGACUCGUUCAAGCCAUCCAGGUUCUUGAAGGAUGGGGCACCGGAUUUUAAAGGGAGUCAUUUCGAGCUUAUACCAUUCGGGUCGGGUCGGAGGUCGUGCCCGGGUAUGCAACUCGGACUCUAUGCAAUGGAGCUAGCUGUGGCUCAUAUGUGUCAUUGCUUUACGUGGGAGUUACCUGAUGGAAUGAAGCCGAGUGAGCUUGACAUGAGCGACAUGUUCGGACUCACGGCACCGAAGGCAACUCGACUCGUUGCCGUGCCGAGUCCUCGCUUGUUGGGCUCACUCGAUUAAUUGAAAAAACGAGCAAGGAAGAUACCAACGGUUCACAAACAAUGUGUGUGGCCUAGACUUACGUGAGAGGGUUUCAAGAUUGAACACUAUUUAGUAUGUAGAUGGAAAAAAUCAAUUGGAUUGAUCAUUUACGUCUUUGCUUCAGUUCAAGUAAAUGAUUAUGGAGAUUGGUGCUUAAUUUUACUUAA